AUGGCAGCACACUUCACCACAGCAGCGGACAACACACACACUAAGAGAUUAUUUUAUCAAUUUUCUCUUGUUGAUGUUUGUUUUAAGCUCUUGUGGGAAUUUACAAUUAUGUUUGAAAGUGGAAUUGAUGCAGCGUUUGCUUUGCACAAGACUGAUGAGGCAUACCUAUUCAAAGGAGAUUACUACGUGCGCAUCAACUUUGCUCCUGGCACCAUAGAUGACAACAUUACUGGUGGCAUCAAGAAGAUCCUUACCUAUUGGCCCUCUUUACGUAGCAUCUUGCCUCUCAAAAAUAGUGCAUGA